AUGGAAUGUUUGGAAGAAGAAAAAAGCCUUCUGGAAAAUGAAUAUGAAAGAAUUCCAAGACAAAGAGAAACAGAAAAGAAAAUGGAACGGUUGAGAGACAAUUGUGAUGAGCUCUGCAAAGAAGUAAUCCAAAGGAAAGCAGAAAUUAAUGCAAUUAAGGAAGAUGUUUUAUCCAAGCAAAGGCUGAUGUUAGCAGAUGAGAACGAAAAGGACCAGCUCCUGGAGAAGCAGGCCACUUUAAAAGUAACCCUAAAUGAUGAGCUGGUUAAGAUCCUUGGUGUUCCAACACAUCUCAGAAAAGAAAUUGAGAAGAUGAAUCGAAAAAAAAAGGAUGCAGAGAAGCAGAAAGAAGCCCUUAAUCACCAAAUAGAUGAGCUGAAUGCUACUCUGAAAGGCAUUGGAAAAAGGACUGAAGAGAUUUUGCAAGAAAGAGAAGAUGUAAUGAAAGAAUUGCAUGAGAAACAAAUUUUGCUGGAAAGCAAAGAACAAGAAUGCAUUGCUUUGACAAAAUCCCUAGAAAUCAUCAGAGAGAAGGAAUCAGCAGUCCUAUUAGACAGAGCAGCUCUGGAAGAUAAUCUAAAAACAUGUGUUUUAGAGGUAAAAAAGCAGCAGGAUAUUUUUCUUCACAAGCAAACACAGAAAGACAGAGAACUGAGAAAUUUAAAAAAGAUGGAGUUACAAAUGAAUGUGAUUUAUGAUUCCUUGAAACAAGAUAAGUCACAGCACGAAAGGCUCAAGUUGGAGGUAGAAACUCUCUCUAAAAGUAAUGAAGUUUUGUUGGAAAGACGCCGAGAGCUGCAGAAAGAAGUGGAAGUUACAAAGAGACGUUUAGCUGAGCAGGAAACCAUGUCAGAUAUGGAUGCCCAGGUGUUAGAAGAAUGUAUUGCGGAAGAGGGCCAGCUUUUCCAAGAGCAGGAAGAACACAGACAUGAGUUAUCCAGACUUGUACAUCUAACCAAGCUCAGAGUUGAAGAGAGGGAAAAGAAAUCCAGGGAUGUUCAGAAAGCCCGGGUGCAACUCCAAAAUACUAUUAAAGAAAUAAAAAGAAAGGAUCUUGAAAUAAGAGACUAUAAAAUGAGGAAAAGAGAAAUUCAAAAGCAACUCCAAGGAUUUGCUAAAAUGUGUGAUAUUAUCCAAAAGGAAAGGAACAAAUGUAUAAAUUUGGUGCAUGCUGGUCAGCACAAAGGAAAUGAAAUUAGAAACCAGAUAAAAUUGCUAGGAAAUGAAAUGGAAAAUUUAAGGAAUAUUGUUCUAACUAAGGAAAGAAAAUUGCAGAAACUACAUCUGAAGAAUAAAAAUAAUGCAGCAAUUAGAGACAGUCUCAAAAGUGAUUGUGGCAAAAUUGUGCAGACCAUGCAUGAGAUGAGAGAAAAGGAGCAGCAACGGUGUCUGGAGCUUGAGAAAUUUACCAACAUAGUCACACACAUCGAAGAGGAAAUUGUGCAGCAAUGCAAACAAUAUAAAAGGGCUAUUCAGCAACAAAGAAACAGUGGUCUUCUGCUGAGAGAUCGAGAAGAAGAACUAUGCAUCUUAUAUGAAAAAGUAAACACACAAGAGCUGCUGUGUAGGAAUGGAGAUCUUGAGAUGCAAGCUAUGGAUGAAAGGAUCAGAUUGCUGAAGCUGAAGGUAGCUGAGAAAAAGAGACAGAUUAAAUUGUGGUUCAAAACACUGCCAGUGAAGAAUGCCCUGGAUGCACAACUGGCGGUACUGCAGAUACAGUAUUCCCAGUGCAAGGACAGGAUUAAACAGAUGGAGGACAUCUUGGCUGAGCCCAAAAAUGAGACUAGAAAGCGAGACUUGAGAGGGAAGGACCCAUCUCCACCUGAGCUGAUAAAAAAGAUUGAGCAGCUGGAGGCAGAGCUGGUGCAGAAGGAGAAGUUGUUGCUGGAGAAGGAUAUUCUCUAUGAGCACGUUUCCAGGCUGACAGACAGAACCCGUGCCACGGCAGCAAACAGGAAUCAGGAAGCACUGCUCUUGGCUAAAAGGACAAAUGAACUGCAGAAGAAGAUAAAGGACCGAACCUGGCAAGCGAUGGCUCUUGUUGCAGAGGUAUCCAUGAAGCAAGCACUUGCCACUAAACUCCAGCAGGAAAUGAGAGACAAAGAAGAGUUUUUGAUGACUGUUUCAUCAAGGAUAGACCAAGGCCUUCCCCCUCCCAAAGAAACAGAAAAUGAAUGGUUGAAGAUCAUACGCAAUGAGAAAAUGCAAAAAGCCAGAGCUAAGAAUACAGCAGAGGAGGAAGAAGCUGCAGCACCCAGGUACAUGCACACAGCUGUGCAGCGCCCAACUGCCUACAUCCCUGAUGAUGAAUUCAGCCUCCCACUACCACGGCCCUAUGGUGCUCUGGCUCCUUUCAAACCAAGUGAGCCUGGUUCAAAUAUGAGACAUUUCAGAAAACCUUGUGUGAAGCCCAUUGAAAUCUAA